AUGCAUGCACGGAGGCUGCCAGGGCUGGUGGUGAUGCUGCUGGCCACCUCCCUGCCCACCGGUCACCUCGCACCGCCGGCCGGGCCCCUGGCCCUGUGGAAGAGUCUGGGAAGUCCCUCCUGCCGUCUGUCCAGGACUGAGUCAGAGCUCAGGUGCCGUGUCCCCGGGGGGAAGCUGUGCAGUGACAGGGGCAGAUGUGAGUGUGGAGUCUGCAUCUGCCAAGUGACCGAGUCUGGCAAAUACUACGGUCCACUCUGCGAGUGCCAUGACUGGGUGUGUGAGAUCUAUGAUGGGAAGAUCUGUGCAGGCCAUGGGAAGUGUGACUGUGGGAAGUGCCAAUGUGAUGAAGGCUGGUAUGGUGAAGCUUGUCAGUAUCCAACUACUUGCAAUCUUACGUGGAAGAAAAGUAAUGAAAUGUGCAAGAAUUCUCAAGAUAUCAUCUGUUCUGGUGCAGGCACAUGUCAGUGUGGCAGGUGUAAAUGUGCCAACUCAGGAGGAAGUGGACUGGUCUAUGGUAAAUUCUGUGAAUGUGAUGACAGAGAAUGCAUAGAUGAUGAGACAGAAGAGAUUUGUACAGGCCAUGGAAAGUGUUACUGUGGAAACUGUUACUGUGAGGCUGGUUGGCAUGGAGAUAAAUGUGAAUUCCAGUGUGACAUCACGCCCUGGGAGAUCAAAAAAAGAUGCACAUCUCCAGAUGGCAAAAUCUGCAGCAACAGAGGCACAUGUGUGUGUGGGGAAUGCACAUGCCAUGAUGUGGACCCAACUGGUGACUGGGGAGAUAUUCAUGGAGAUACUUGUGAGUGUGAUGAAAGAAACUGCAAAGCAGUGUAUGAUAGAUAUUCUGAUGACUUCUGUUCAGGUCAUGGGCAGUGUAAUUGCGGAAGGUGUGACUGUAAAGAAGGAUGGACUGGGAAGAAGUGUGAACAUCCACGUUCUUGUCCGUUGUCAGUUGAGGAAAGUGCUAAGAAAUGCCAAGGAAAUUCUAAUUUGCCUUGCUCUGGAAGAGGGAGAUGUGAAUGUGGCCAAUGCACUUGUUUCCCUCCAGGAGACAACAGAGUUCAUGGCAAAAACUGUGAAUGUGAUGAUAGGCAGUGUGAAAAUGUUGACGGAGAUGUCUGUGGGGGCCAUGGUAUCUGCUCAUGUGGCCGAUGCAUUUGCCAGGAGGGAUGGUUUGGGAAGUUGUGCCAGCAUUCAAGAGAGUGCAACAUGACUGAGGAGGAGAGCAGAAGUCUCUGCGAGUCAGCGGAUGGCGUGCUGUGCUCUGGGAAAGGUUCCUGCCACUGUGGAAAGUGCAUCUGUUCACCACAGGAAUGGUACAUUUCAGGUGAUUUCUGUGAAUGUGAUGACAGAGACUGUGACAAACACGACGGUCUCAUUUGCACAGGCAAUGGUGUUUGUAGCUGUGGAAACUGUGAGUGCUGGGAAGGAUGGAAUGGAAAUGCUUGUGAAAUCUGGCUGGGGAAAGAAUACCCUUAA